AUGCCUCACCCAGCCGAAAGCUCAAGGGACCGCAUCAUCCUGGGUCUUAUGACUUUCGGACCCAAGGUCGAAGACGGUGCCCGCAUCACUGACCUAAAUGUUUUAAAGAAUGCGUUGGAUGUCUUCCAAAGCCGGGGGUACAAUGAGAUAGACACGGCUCGAGUCUAUAUUGAAGGACAACAGGAAGCAUUCACUCGCGAAGCUGGCUGGAAGGAGAAGGGUUUCAGCUUGGCGACUAAGGUCAUCUAUCCCAGCAAUCCCGGGGAUAACGCCGCAGACAAGGUGGCCGAAUCUGUGGAGACCAGCCUUAAGGAAUUAGGCACUAACUGCGUCGACCUCCUGUACCUGCAUCGCGCAGACCGAUCCGUUCCCUUUGCGGAGACUUUAGGAGCUGUAGACAGUCUCUACAAAGCGGGAAAGUUUACACGCCUGGGCAUCAGCAACUUCACGGCGUUCGAGGUGGCUGAAAUCGUGAUGACGUGCAAAUACAAUGGCUGGGUACGCCCCUCUGUUUAUCAAGGCAUGUAUAACUGUAUCACACGCAGCAUCGAGCCGGAGCUUUUUGUAGCCUGCCGCCGUUACGGCCUUGACAUCGUUGUAUACAACCCCAUCGCGGGCGGUCUCUUCUCCGGCAAGAUCAAGUCUAAGGAUCUCGUCCCCGAUAGUGGCCGCUUCUCGAAUGUGAGCUCCUCAGAGGGUUCUAAUUAUCGUGACCGCUACUUCCGCGAGAGCACAUUCAGGGCGCUACAGCUAGUCGAGAAUGCGGUUGAGAAGCAUAGCCUCAGCAUGAUCGAGACAGCCCUUCGAUGGAUGGUUCAUCACUCCAAACUCCAAAUCAAGGACGGCAACGAUGGCAUCCUAAUCGGCAUCUCAAGCAUCCAACAACUGGAGAGCAAUCUCGAUAACUUGGAGAAGGGACCGCUGCCGCAAGAAGUGGUGCAAGCGCUGGACGAGGCAUGGCAAGUCUCGAAGGCGGAUACACCCAACUACUGGCACGGCGAUCUCACGUACACAUACGAUACGCAUGAGGCGCUUUUUGGCAAGGAUUUCGACUGA